GGAGAUAGGGGUGAUGCGUCAUUAUUGUUUGACACCACGACUCAUAGAUAUAUAAGCAGUCUACAUCCGUUUCAUUCGUAGUUAUUCCCAUAUAAAUGAAAACCUCUUGGAUAGCAGUGAUGCGAGAUCCUCUCUAAGGAAUAUACACGAAUCCAUGUUUUUUGUCUAGCCAAUAGCUGCGCGGAUCAUUAUUUGAAAACGAGGAGGACUGUGAAUAUGUCACAUUGGACGUAAUUCGACAUGAAAUAUUGUAUUCUAUUGAUUAAUUGAUCAAUCCGAUGAAAAUCAAAGAAAUCAAACGCGUGUGCACUUCCAAUUUCGGCUGCUGACCUACCUACACAGAUAAGCCUUUAUUCUCAUCCAAUGUGGUAUUUGCUGUGGCCGCUGUUACAGGUUUUUUGAAUACUGUUCUGUUUAGGUUUUGCGGAUUGCCCGUCUCUGCGCCGCAUUUGCAACACAACGACUCCCAGGACGAAUUGCUUGGAUUAACGCCUGCUAACCGAGGCUUUCAGUUCAGCUGAAUUCAUUAUACGGCAGCGUCAGAAGCAAAGAUACAAAAACAAAAAAGCAGGGUGCUGGUUUGGCAUCAAAAAAAUAAAAUAACUGAAAUAAAUAUUCGGAGCGGAGAAACCGGUUCAUGUGCAGGAUUAUUCUACGAGCUGGUUACAACCAUAGCGGUUCAAAAGGAUGGGAUAUGCUAACAGAAGCUUCAAAAGAUACACUUUUUGGCUUUGGAUUGCCUCUGUACUGCUUAUAGUAGAAACUAAGAGAGCGAAGCAACCCAGAUGCCCACCGUCUUGUACAUGCACCAAAGAUAAUGCCCUGUGUGAAAACAUUAAAUCCGUUCCUCGCAGCUUUCCUUCCGACGUCGUUUCAUUAUCUUUUGUGAAAUCUGGAUUCAGCGAAAUCCCAGAAGGAAGCUUCGUACACACUCCAGCUCUUCAGCUCCUAUUGUUCACAGCCAACUCCUUCGAUUCUAUAAACGAAGAUGCUUUCCUUGGCUUGCCCCAUCUGGAAUACUUGUUUAUUGAAAACAACAAAAUCAAAUCCAUAUCACCUUUCGCUUUCAGGGGACUAAAGUCCUUAAUACAUUUGAGCUUGGCCUACAACAACCUACAGACUUUGCCCAGAGAUGUUUUCAAGGGAAUGGAAGCUUUAACAAAAGUUGAUCUUCGGGGCAACACCUUCAACUGUGACUGUAAACUCAAAUGGCUGGUGGAAUGGAUUUACCACACAAACGCUACCGUGGACCAGAUCUAUUGUGCCAGUCCUCCACUCUACCAGGGCAAAAAAAUAAACGAUCUAGCGCCGCAGUCAUUUGACUGCAUAACAGCAGAAUUUGCUGCUUAUCAGUCUCUUAAAUUUGAGUCAAUUUCAGUGGAAUCGUUUUCUCUUGCCAGUGACCAGUAUGUCGUUUUUGCCCAGCCUUUUACUGGAAAAUGUAGCUUUCUGGAGUGGGAUCAUGUUGAAAUGGUGUUCCGAAAUUACGAUAACAUCGAAAGCACUUCCACUGUGGUCUGCAAACCUCUGGUGAUGAAUAACCAGCUGUUUAUUAUAGUCGCCCAGCUCUUCGGAGGGUCUCACAUUUACAAGCGGGACACCUCCGCUAACAAGUUCAUCAAGAUACAAGAUAUCGAUAUUCUGAAAAUAAGGAAGCCCAACGACGUGGAGACGUUCCGAAUCGACGGCGAGUCCUUCUUCGUCAUCGCCGACAGCUCGAAAGCGGGCACGACGACCGUGUAUAAGUGGAACGGCAACGGCUUCUAUUCCCACCAGUCCCUUCACCCGUGGUACCGCGACACCGACGUGGAGUACCUGGAGAUCGCGGGCAAACCCCACCUUAUCCUGUCCAGCAGCUCGCAGAGGCCUGUGAUUUACCAGUGGAGCAAAAGUCAGAAGCUGUUUGACCGACGCACUGACAUUCCCGAGAUGGAGGACGUAUAUGCUGUCAAGCAUUUCAAAGUGAAGACCGAGCUCUAUAUCUGUCUGACUAGAUUCAUCGGAGACUCCAAAGUCAUGAGAUGGGACGGUGCCAUGUUCACGGAGAUUCAAACCAUGCCCUCGCGGGGCUCGAUGGUGUUCCAGCCUUUUUCGGUCGACAGUUGGCAUUACGCCAUCCUUGGAAGCGAUUAUUCCCUAACCCAGGUUUAUCGCUACGAUCUAAAGAAAGGCCAGUUCGUCCACGUCCAAGAACUCAACAUCCAGGCGCCGCGAGCAUUCUCCCUCGUGUCCAUUGACAACCGUGAGUUUCUGCUGGCUUCCAGUUUUAAAGGGAAAACUCAGAUUUAUGAGCAUCUGAUGAUUGACUUGAGUAAUUGAAAGUUGCAGGCAAGGUGCGGGUUGGAAACAGCGGUAGUUUUAAAUUCUUUGGAUGGAAAUGGACUUCUGGUUGGACUAAGUGCAUGAUAAAAUCCACUAAUAAUACUUCCAGAUGAAUCCCUUGCUAGAACUAUCCAUCUUUUUUGUUAUCAACCAUUGUAGAGUAGCUUUUGAACCCUUUUUUAAAAAAAAAAAAAACAAAAGCCAUUGUUAGCUUAUCCUUUGCAACUGUAAGCCGUAC